AUGGCAUCUUCUAAUCCCUCUACCGAUCUGCAGAAUCUUUUCGGCGUGGAAGGUCUGGUCGUCGUUAUCACGGGCGGCGGCUCGGGCCUCGGCGCGAUGAUGGCCGGCGCGCUUGAGAACAACGGUGCCACAGUAUACAUCUUGGGUCGCAGGAAGGAGUCACUCGAGAAGACUAUUGCUGAACGAGCGCGCCAUGGCCGUAUGUACGCGAUACAGGCAGAUGUAACCGACCGCGACACGCUCAAAGCUGCAGCGGCGCAUGUACGCGAGAAGCACGACCACAUCGACUUGCUCGUCAACAACUCGGGCGUCAUGACGGGGGACAUUUCAGCCGGCCAUUCGCACGGCGGAGACAUCCGUAAGCUACAGGACGCGCUCUGGGACGGUCAUUCACCCGAAGACUUCGCGAAGAUGUUUGAGGUGAACGUUACAGGCGCGUACUGGUCGACCGUCGCGUUCCUCGAUCUGUUGGCCGCUGCAAACAAUGGGAAAGAUCUUAGUGCGACGAUGAGCCAGGUCAUCACUGUGAGCAGUAUCGCGGGGUUCAGACGCGAUGGAAAGAUCGGGAGUAUCGGGUACUGCCUCAGCAAGAGCGCCGCGACGCAUCUGGGCCGAUUGCUCGUCGGUACGCUCAAAGACUUCAAGAUUCGAAGCAACAUCAUCGCUCCGGGUCUGUUCCCUUCUGAGAUGACUGUCGACAAGAUGGAUCCCGUGUUCAUACGGGAGGGGAUUGCGCUGCAGAGGACGGGUACGGAGGAGGAUAUGACGGGCUUGAUAUUGUAUCUCGCUGGGAGGUCGGGAGCGUAUGUCGAUGGGACUACGUUUGCGCCUGAUGGUGGACGUAUCAGCACAAUCCCUUCGUUCUUCUAA